CAUGGUUAUAAUUUUUUUACUUUACAUAUUUAUUUUUUUAUUUUCGAAUUCAUGAACAACAAACCAAACUUCACUUCCCAUUGUAACGACAAAGCCUUAUUCAUUCACUGGUGGAACGUAAAAUAAUCGUCAUACUCAGAUAUCGAAGAUGUUGCUGCCAAUGAUACUGUACUGGACCUAUAGCUUUUGGGGUAGCUGUCAUCACAGCCAACCCACCUGCACUACUCGGCAACUCCCGUCACCCAUGCCACCUAUGUAACUACCACCAUAGCUUCAGCACCGUGACGAAGCCCCCCAACCAGUCCAGCCCAUUGCGCGCGAGAAUUGCCCACUCGACAUGCCCCCAUCGCCGUAAACACCCAUCCAUGGCACAAAACCCUUACGCGGGCUUCAAUGCCUCCGCCGACCCGUACACCAAGAGCAGCGACUCCCUCGCCGCAACCCCCAACCCGUCGCGGGAACGCAGCCCGGGUGCAACAUCAAGCACAGACGAUUACGACCCGUACGGCGACAGAUACGGCACGCCGCCUCUAGGCACCCCACCGCCGUCCCAGACUGCGAAUCGCGAGCAGAGACAGGCGCCGCAGCCGCCGGGGCAGGGGCGCGCGGGGGGGUAUGGAGGGUUCUAUGCGCAGAGUAUUAGUCCGGCGGCGAGCGCUGGUCCGUCGCCCAAGCAGCCGUUGCCGGUGCCGAGGUCGCAGACUCAGCAGCAGCCGUAUGGGGGGAGGGAUAAUAGGUCGAGAGAGAAUUUGCCGGCGCCUGCGCAGCAGUCGCAGAGGAGACCGUCGGAUGAGUCGAGGGGAUUUAGGAAUGGGAGGUCGGAUGGGAGUAUGGGCCCGCCUGAUGGGCCGGCCGCGAGGGAGUUUAGGAAACCGAGUAUGGGGGAAAGGUCGUACUCUGGUGGUCCUAAUAAUUCGGUCUCGAGGGAUAGGGAGAGAGCUGUUACGAGGGGUGGUGGUGGGAGUGGGACGAGACAGAUUGAAGAUGUUCUCCAUUACAUCCAGUCCGAAUGGUCAUUUAUGGCGCAAGACAAAUGUGUUCCCGUCCAGGUCGCGCUUCAACUCAUGGACUCGAGCUCCCUCGGCCGAGCGAACCAAUACAGCGAGUUUCAAGCAACCCAUAAGCAAUUACAACGGGCGCUGAAGGCUAUUGUCAAUGAACACCAUCAAGGUUUCAACAGUUCGAUCGGUACAUUCCAUAAAAUCCAAUCGAGCAUACAGUCGUCUCAGACAAGGUUACGGCAACUGAGGGAAUCACUGUCGCAAGCUAAAAGUGGCCUGUCGACUACACGCCCAGAAUUGAAGGGGUUGGCUUCGACUUCACAAGGCUACGACGAGAUGCUCCAAUGCCUCGCUCAGAUCGAGCAUCUGCGGCUGGUGACGGACAAGCUGGAGGCAAGGAUAUCAGAGAAGCGAUUCCUGACAGCGGUUGAUGUGCUUCAAGACGCGCUCAGACUACUCAGAAAACCCGAAAUGGACAAUAUUGGCGCCUUGAGCGACCUGCGGGCAUAUCUAGCGAACCAAGAGACGAGUUUGACGGACAUCCUGAUUGAGGAGCUGCACAGCCAUCUAUACUUGAAAUCACCUUACUGCCAAGACCGAUGGAAGGCCCAUGUCAAGGAGAUCAGCAAUGGCGCCAGCUCGGAAGGUCGUGACACUUCCGUGCCUGAGUUGCCACCGUUAUACUAUUUCCUUGACGAACUCGACACAGAAAACCCCAUGGUAGAAGACCCGACGAAAAAUUCGGAGGCUGACAGUUUCUAUUAUAUUCAAUUACUUGUUGAGUCGUUGAACAAAAUGGAUCGACUAGACGUCGCUGUGAACGCUAUUGAGCAGAGACUACCUGUUGAGCUCUUUAGGGUUGUGGAUAAAACCAAUAACGAAGUUGACCGACGACACCCCAACGUCUCCCGAGGCACUGGCAAUAAUCAGAAAAGCCGAGUUGAUCUUGGUAUUGAGAAUGACGAUGUCAGGCACGUUGUUAUUAGCGACCUUCUAUGGACACUAUACGCAAAAUUCGAGUCUAUUGCCGAAGGACACCGCGUUUUCCACGAUGUUGUGGUGGGAAUAGCGAAGCGCGAGAACAUCCGCGAACCGGAAUCCUUGACGGGUAGUUUUAGGGAGCUGUGGAUGCUGUAUCAAAACGAGAUACGCUCCCUACUACACGACUAUCUCGCGACAGACACCAAUAUUUACCGAAUGAGCCAGUCAAUUAGUCACGAUGCGGACGUGUUCAAACGGGGGCAGCGAAAUAAGGGGAAGAAGAUAUUCAGCCUAUCGGAUAUUGAUCCUAAGUCAUCUAUCAUGAAUAUGGAAUUCGAUGACCUGGAAUCUAUCCUGAAGACAUCUGUACCUGGAUUAGUUUCGGUGUCCAAACGUCCAACGGGCACUACUUCGGACGACAAAGCUCCUAAAACCGAUGGAGCUGCUACUGGGCAUAAAUUACUGAUCGACGCGAGCGUUUUCAAUAUGGGUGCCCUCUUACCGCCGUCGUUGGCCUUCCUGCAAAGGCUUAAAGACAUCGUGCCUCCAGCGCCAGAAAUGAAGAUGAAGUCGUUAACGUCGUUCCUUGACGAUUUCCUCGUCAACGUGUUCCUUCCUCAGCUUGACGAGACCUUGGUGAAGUUUAGCAGCCAAACGUUCGAGGAAGGGGAUGCGUUUCAGGAAGACCCCAAGUGGGCGGAAGUUGCACGACGCCCUAUCCUCAAGGGCUGCUCAGCAUUCUUCGACCUUAUCACAGCGUUCUGUCGCAUGCUGGACACUAUUCCGCACGACCAAGCGUUCAGUCAGCUUAUUAUUACACAGAUGGUCAGCUAUUAUGACAGAUGCUGUGACUGGUACCAAGCGCUGGUGUCGCGCACUCAGGACUUAGAAUCAUAUGGCCCAUCACCGAAAGCGUCGGCUGCCAUCGCAAUGGGGCCUGGCGAGAUUCACGACACCGUCAAGAAGCUCUGGACGGAUGGAGAGGAGAACCGCAGCCUUUUGGAUAAAGAGAGCGGUCUUUUAAUAUUGCAAACAAAUGAGAACCCUCUGACUGACUCUGAUAUCAUACUGGAUCGGAAGAUAAUUACAUCUCUUUGUCUGCUUUAUACGAGUAUGAGGUGGCUGGCUAGCAAGAUCAACCAGCUUCGGAAUAUCACGCAUCAUGACGCUGAUUCUUCCCGACGGACAAAAAUGCGUGCAUCACAAAGCCGUCGCUGGACUUUACUUCAGGCCGCAGGGGGGCCUGGUGACAAGGGCUCUGUAUAUAUACCGAUGACACAAGAGACUGUUGUUGCCUUUGACUCAAUCGUCUCGUCAUAUCAAGACCUCGCGGGCACUGUCCUGUUGAACUUGCACGUAGAAAGCCGAUGCCAGAUUGUGCAGACCCUCGCACUCGCUCUUUCCCCCUCCAACGCACCUUACCUUCUGGAGCAAGUCGUCAGCGACCCCGACCCUCGCAUCCUAGCCCUCAAUGCCGAGCUUGUGUCCUAUGACGAGACGACCAGCCACUACCUUCACGACAAAGAAAUAAGCUUUCUCCGCACAGGCCUGGCCUUCCUCAUAGACAACUACCUCGUCACCAAUGCUGGCAUGGUAAAACCGAUGAAUGCGAACGGCUGCGGACGCAUGCAGCUUAACAUCCUCGUCUUACAGCAGAACCUUAAAAACAUCGAGCCGGAUUCCAGUCUCACCCGCUCCGCAGACUACUACGACCUCUUCAUGGACGGCUCCGCCGCCGUGCUGAAGAAGGCCAAGGAGCCGAAGGGUAAGGACGGAAACCCGGAGUUCACCUACGACGAGCUGAAGACUCUGAUUGAGCUCUGCUUCAGCGAGCAGAUGGCCGACCCGGAGCGAGGGGUUAGCACUGUAGCGAAGCGGAACAUGGGGGAUCUCCUGUUGCAGCUCAGCGAGUAUAUGUGGCAGAGCUGAUUUGAUGGGACAUCGGUGUUGGAAGCAUUUCAGGGGGAAGGCGGGCGUAUGGGCACGGGUCACCUGGCGGAUUGAUUGGGUGGGAUUGUACAGUACAUUAUAUAUAUCCGAUGUGAUAUUUGGCAGGAGAGCUGGGCGUGUAACAUCUAUUGGAGAGCGGGCAUCAUUCAGGAUACAGUACGGAUACAAUAGCAGGCAGCUGGCGCUUCCUUCGCACCAUGCAGAACUUCAGAUUAUUUCCCAUGCCAAACGCGUGCUCCACUCCACCGCGCCCCCUAAACCAUCAACCGGCUCGCGGCUUGAUCAGUGCGACGGUGGCUGACACAGAGGCUGAGCAAACGCAGACGCACCAUUUAUCAGUACGCAUUCCUCGGCGCCACAAUAUUUAGCCCACAACUGCAUCUUCCCCUUGCCUAGCUGCUGUGUGGAGAACUUCCUACGUUACGAGGGUAGCCGAGCUAGCCUGUAAAUUAUAACUGGGACCGCCGCCCCCCUUUUUAGUGUACUCCGUACUUUUGUUGUUCCCCCUUUCGGCGCGCAUCAUGGGGAUUCUGAGGCCUUUGCCACGCUGAUCUGAGCUGGGUCUGUCUGGGCCGUGUGUGUGUGCCGUUUGUUUGGUAUGGAGGAGAAGAGGAGCUGGGAAAAUGGGGUUGCGGAAAUGGGGAUGGAUGGUGGGUGCUGCACAUCAUUUGCUGUUCCUAGUUUUUGCGUGCCGCGAUGGGUUUUUUUUGCAGGGCUGGUGGGAAGUCAAAGUCUGAUAUUCGCACUGCCUCAGGAGAGAUGCUGUCCUACGCCGAGCUCAAUGGAAAGGCCAAUAGCUUUGCUGCCUGAGGAUCGUGAAGAGGGAAUGUUUCUUCUGUUGAGGCGAUUGGGAAUUGGAAAUGAUUUCGUGCUGUGAUGUAAUAUGUAGGGAAUGACGUUGGGGUUUGAGAAUAGCCCUUCGCCGCUCUUGGAUAUACAUAAGUUACAGCGAUCUAUACAUAGAACAACUAAUAUGUAAGUUACAUGGGUAAGUGAGACGGGCAAGGAACGAAACCAGUUUUGGCCCUUCUUCCAUAUGCUGAAAUAUUAAAUCCUCAUUUUCUGUAAAUGUAAGUUGACAGAACGAAG